CUCUGCAGCGUAGGUGAAUAAAUAAGUUAUAAUCUUUACUUGUAAAGCCGCAUAAGUUUGGCCUAUGUGGUCAACUUUUUUCUGUUUUGGGCUCGUCAGUGUGAACUUUCGGGUAUGGACACCCCUGUCACGGCCUCCUGCUUGCAGGUGAAAAACAAACACAUUGAUGCAGUGCGCAUGUGAAGUGAAAGUAGACGGUUAAGUUUCACAAAGGCGCGGCAAGCUUUGGAACUGGGCACAAUGUGUGUCUUCGCUACGUGUAGAUCUCUGAACGUUUGUAUCUACCGUAUGGUCGAGACUGGAACAAGAUCAGAUGAAUGAUGUCGGACCAAGACAUUCCAUUUAGGUACAUCUACUUCAUCAAGAACAGGGUCAGCAAUAAGUGGAGGGAUCUGGCCGGCUUUCUUGCCUUUGACACUCCAACAAUCAAUAACAUCGCCGGCAGAAACAUCGAUGACAUAUCUCGUUGCGAAGACAUGCUGGGGGAGUGGCGACUGCGGAAGGGACCCGAUGCGACCAUGGGGGUGCUGAUGGAGGCUCUAACUGAUGCAGAACUGGAGGGGAUUGUGAAGGGUCUAAAGAAAAAAUACCCAGAGUUGGAAAAGGAGCCGACGCCACAAGCUGGACCCAUAGAGAGAGCUUUGAGGGAAGCUGCAGGACUAGCAGAUGGUGCUGGGGCCGGAAAAAGGACAGGCGGUUCGGGCAAGAGGAGGAUAACAGAAGCAGCAGAGUCUGACGGUAGUGGUGCUGGAUCGGCAGCGUCUCCCAAAAGACGUCGGAAGAGCGGUUCGAGAUCAAAGCCCGUGGUGCUGAUGCUCAACGACGAGUACGGGACAAGGAAGGGGGGCAUAUCCACCAUCCACCGCGGGAUGGCGCGCCUACUGGUCUCUAAAGGAGCAGAGGUCUACAGCACAGUCCUGGAAGCCACAGAAGAGGACAAGAAUGACGCGGCUACAGAUGGCGUUCAACUGAUCGUUCCAGCGACCUUUCCUGGUGAUCCGAGACAGCCAGAGCUCAAUUGGCUGACCUGGGACCACCAGAGUCGUUACCCGAAGCUGCCACCAAACAUAGGCUUUAUCAUCGGCCAUGUUAACCUCACGAGCCGCGCAGCACGGAUGAUUAGGGAGCAACGUCUUCCCGACGCCAAACUCGUCCAGGUCACUCAUGUGAUCCCAGAAGAUGUCAGCCACUACAAGAGUGAUGCCAAGGUGCUGACCAUCGGAGACGAGAAUGACAGCAUCCUAGAAGACCUGAAGCAUGCUGACGUGAUAUUCUCGGUGGGCCCGUUGAUGUAUGACUACUACAAGAGUCAAACAAGGCAACUGAAACCUCAUUUCGAGUUUUUGCCCGAGCCAUCCAACGUCUUCAGCACGACGGAGAUGACAUAUGUCGACACCGAAAUGAAAGUGGUGCUGUCCAUCAGCAGGGUCAAGGGCGUGGAGAGGCUGAAAGGCUACGACCUUGUUGCGAAGUCCAUGGGCAUCGUAUUCGACCGUCUACCGCACACAAAGUGGCGAGCCCGUGGCGUAACAGCUGAAGAUUUCCCAGAAAGCAAGGCAAUCAUCCAAGCCAACGAGAAGAAAGGUAAAUUCACUCCCCUGAAGUACGGCACCCAAGAAGAUCUGUCCAAGGACAUGCAGCAGGCCCAUGUCGUUCUGAUGCCGUCUCGUGCAGAGCCAUUCGGACUGGUCGGUCUGGAGGCUAUCGCUGCAGGGGUGCCAGUCCUGGUCUCCCACAAGUCUGGGCUUGCCUGGUUCUUAAGGAGCCAAGAUCCGGAUUUCGACCGUCUGAUCGUGGAGAUCGAAGAUGAUGAUGAAGAGGCCGCCAAAACACUGGCCAAGCGGAUCGUCAAGAUUCUGACGGAUGGGCACAGGGAGUUCCAGGCCGCAAGAAAACUCAAGGAGAAACUGCUGACAUCCAAGUACUGGGAGGCGUCACACCGGCAGUUUCUGGAUGCAUUUGGCCUUUAGACUGUCUCUAGCGCUUCAAAGACCAACAAA